AUGCGUCACUUCGAUACCUGGGUCCUUCGGGAUCCCUACUCUAUCUGGCACUACUAUCCAACCGGUCAUCGCUGGCGCGACACCGUCCGCGAUUUAAUCCAAUCCCGCGCAAUUUGCUCCCCAUCCAACAAUCCCAGCCCACCGAUGAACUGGAGUCCACCUCAACCUCAACAAUCGCCCCUCCUCCGUCUCCCAGCCGAAAUCCGCCAAAUCAUUUGGUCGUAUGUCUUCACUUCUUCAACCGACCAAACCAUCCAUCUGGUCCAAUUAAAAGGCAAAAUCAAGCAUGUUCGCUGUUCAACUACAAAUCAAACUCCAAAUCACAAUUCAUCUUCCAAUCACCCCAAUCCCGCUCUAACGCAAAACCGUCACUGUUGUCCUACAACCCCGGCUCGCUGGCGCAUCUACGAUGGCCGCGUGCCAGGACACAGUGAUAGACUGCUCUACCCACACACCCAUUCCCGUCUCCCGGAAUCUCUGAGCGAUAGUAACACUGCGCUGCUACGCGUCUGUCGCUCGGUCUACUUCGAAGCAGAGACCAUACUCUACAAAGCGUCGCACUUUGAUGUCGAUGAUUUAUAUACCUUUAUUGCAUUUGCGACGUCCUUGUCGCCGACUGCCCGUGCGGCCAUCUCAAGACUCACGGUGCAAUGGAUGCCGAUCUGGGUGCCCAUGGCUGGGUUGGAUCAUAAGGGGUCGAUCUAUGCGCAUACGCAUAGUGAUGAAUUGUGGGUGCGGUUUUGGGACGUUGUGGCUUCGUUGGAAGGGUUGAAGGUGUUGGGGUUGAGUUUGGAUUUGGGGAGGUUUACCAGUGUGGUCGGGAGUACUGGGGAGGCGGUGGUGUCAGGUCAGAGAAUUCCGUUUGGGAUUCAGGAGGGAUGGGUGAAACCUAUUCUGAGGGUGAGGGGGGUGAAGGAGUUUGAUUUGGCGGUUACGGCUAGAUGUGAUCUCCUUGCUAAGGGGGUUGUGGAGGGAGAGUUGGUGAAGGAUGUUGGGCUUUUGAGAGAGCAGUUGAGAGAGACGCUGUCGGGUCCGAUGGAGAGGGUGAUGGAUUCGAAUGAGAGGAAGAGGAGAGGGAUUACAUUGGCCAUUACUGCUUGA